UUUUUUAUAUUAUUUUUUUUUUGAGAAAUGUAUAUGUUCAAUAAAUAUGAUGAUAUUGUCCUAACUUACAUUGAUGAAAAUGAUGGUAAAAAUACAGAUGUAAUUGAAAAGGAUGACAAUCUAAUUAAAUCACUUAAAUGUGAUCCUAAAUAUAGGCGUAGAUAUUCAAAAUUUUAUAAUUCUAUUAUGACAACUUCAAAUAAGGAUGUUGAUGAUAUUUCACAUAACAACAAUAGCAUGACACACAUUUCAAAUUAUUUACAGGAUAAAAAAAAUGCAUCAAAUAAAAACAUACAGAAUAGCAAAGAAAAUAAAAGUUUGAAACAUCAUAAGGUUCGUAGGAAAUCAAAUAUUGAGUCCAUUGUCAAUUUUAGCAAAGAAAUACAAUUCAAUAAAUCAAACAUUUUCCCCAAGGAUGAUUUGUCUUCCAAAAAUUUGGAGAGUAUCAACUUUAUAAAUGAUAUUAAUUCAAGUAACUCCCCACCUCCUAUAUUGAGUGCCUCAGCAUUUCCCUCACGUGAAGACUUAGCAACAACCUCUUCUACUAAUUCUGCAAUUUAUAAACCAGUUGAGCCACACUGGUUUUACCAAAAAAAAUGUUUAGACCCACAAGCCCAAUCAGCAGCUAAACUUAGACGUCUCAAGAUAGCAUCUUUGAUUUCUGACAAUAAUACACCUCUUGACCAAACUAAUUUAAAUGUGCCCAAUAUAACAGAUGACAAGAAUGAUGCCAAUGACAGUAAUACAUUGUGUGACGAUAAAGGGUAUACUUGGGAACCCUUUUCCCUUUAUGAUUCCAUCAAGAUUGAACAUAAAUACAGAUAUUUUACAAGCAAUCCCCAAACCAAUCUCAAAAACAAAAAUCUAUAUACGGUUCACACCGAUGGUGGCCGAUACGAUGUCGACCUCCUACGAUUGCAAAAAAAGGCCGUUUACUGGACCGAAACUUACGAUAAUACCGACUCUGGUAUUAAGGCAAAUCAAGACCAAUUUCUCGACAGCGAUCUUGGUAAUAGAUUAAAUCGUGACGAUCAGAAUGACGCGGCUUGUUGCGAGGUCAGAAGAUGCACUUGGUUUUACGUCGAUGCCGCCGCCGGGGACAACAAAUACAUCCCGUACUCUAAUCAUUUGGCUGAAAAAUUGGAAGAAGAGUACAGAAGGGGUAUUCAAUCCGACUCAUGGAAUAGGCGGAUCGAUUUAGAGCCAUUCAAGGAAUGCAUAAUUAUGCACGACCCCAAACACAUGGUUCAUCUCAAACCCAUGCUCAGGAAAGACGAAUGGGGAGCCGUUUUCGAUGGCAAGACGAGCUCUCUUAUAGUCAAGAGGGGAGUGGAAGACUACGAUAGAAUAAAAGAGGAUGAGAUGCCACGCAUAGAUCACGUGAUAUUCGUUAUCCACGGCAUAGGGGAAUAUUGCGAUUUCAAAUUUCGCACAAUCAACCAAUGCGUCGAUGGGAUGAGGGAUAUGAGUGCCAACCUGCUAAAGUCUCACUUCAAGCAAUAUUUGGAGAAGGGGCUAAUUGGGCGAGUCGAAUUUAUACCCUGUAAUUGGCACAAAAUUUUACAUAGUGAAUCAACUGGAGUUGACAGCCGUUUGCAAUCAAUUACCUUAUCCAGCAUUAAAAAACUCAGAGACUAUACCAACGACACAUUAGUUGAUAUCCUCUUUUACACUAGCCCUAUAUAUUGUCAAACCAUCAUAGACACGGUUGGGAACGAACUCAAUCGACUCUAUCAAUUGUUCAUGGAUAGGAAUCCAGGGUUCGAUGGAACUGUAUCCGUUAUAGGACAUAGUUUAGGAUCCCUGAUAGCCUUUGACUUGCUUAGCCAUCAAACGGCGCGCUCAAAAUUUUCGGAAGAAUCUUUAGACGAUUCAAAAAUUGAUUACAAAACGGAUCAAGAAAAGAGGCCUUCAUUUACUAUAGGGGACGAGGCGACCGAAGUACAAUCAUUGGACGGAACCAGCAGCGACCUGAUAAUUUUACCCAAAAAAUCAUUAAUUGUUCAACCUCAGUCCGAAAAUCCGGGGAAUACUGGUUAUCUUCAACAAGAGAAACCCGUUAAUUUAAACGAUUUUCUUAAGAACGACUUAAAUUUAGACCAGGAAUGGAUUGCUAUUUUGGAGAGAGAACGAAUGGAUUUUGAAGCAUUGCUUCUCUGCGACGAUAACGAUUUAAAAGCCUUAGGAAUUCCCUUAGGGCCGAGGCUUAAAAUUUUGAAGCACGUUACUAGGCAUCCUUCCUAUUCCAGAAAGCAUUCUCAUAUAUUUAUUUGUUGGAUACAGGUUAGGCAGAAGUACACCUCAGCCCCCAAGCUUUCCAUCGAGAAUUCAAUUUUAUCCCGAGCCGGUCUAGCCGGGACAGGCCAGCCAUACGUGACCUACGAUCGAUUGGCCUUUGAACCAGUUUGUUUCUUUGCAAUGGGAUCUCCUAUAGGGUUGUUCCUGACAAUCAGAGGCAUUGAAUUGAUUGGCGAGAAAUAUUCUCUUCCCACUUGCCCUCAUUUUUACAACAUAUUUCACCCUUACGAUCCGGUAGCCUUUCGCAUAGAACCCCUAAUUUUACCCUUCCCGAAACUUAAACCUGUCUUAAUUCCUCAUCAUAAAGGACGCAAAAGAAUGCAUAUAGAAUUGAGAGAAAACUUAAACAAAAUGAGAUUCGAUUUUAAGCAAAGUCUUUACCAAACAUUCAAGCACACAAUGGAUUCAUUGCAUCACAUAUCUUUCAUUGGAAACAACUCCAUUGAAAAUCAAAAAAGCUCUACCACUCUACCCAUAUCACGGGUUGCCUCCGUUCCGCCUAAUACACCCACCACUCUACCCGUCUCACGCGUAGCUUCCGUUCCGCCUACUCCUUCUAUUCUUGACCGUCUUCUAAAACGUGGUUCCGUUAUCCGUUACUCCGCAGAGAGCCAGUCCUUGGUCGAACCCAACGAUCCCUGGAGAGGGAAAGGAGAAGAAGAUACUGAGGAAAGGGGAGUAUUGAAUGGUUUGAAGCGAAGUAUCAUGGGAGAAGGAAGAACCUCUAGACCAUCUUUGCAAAUUAGUGACCCAACGUUUAUCAAAGAAUUAGCGGAGAGGGUUAGAAAGCACGAACAUUUCAAAAACAAUCCUUUACUCCUACACUCCAACCUUGACAAUUCGACCAACAACUUGAUCGAAGAACCGAGCAACGAAAAGUACCAUUCUGCCACAAACUCCUUAGAUAUAUCUUUCGAAAAUUUAAUCGACCACGAUGACCAAAGCAAGGAAAACGCAAAUUCAGACAGUGGUAUGGUACGUUCAUAUUCCGAAUUUACCGGAAAGGAUGCGCUAAAAUCUAUAGCUAAUGGCUCCAUUUCUAGCCGUACCAGAGAGAAUUUUAGCCAUUAUCCCGAACAACCUACCCCUUUAACAGAAACCGAAGAUCCAAACAUCGUGAUGGGAAAUAUGAACGCUGGUAGGCGCAUCGAUUUUGCUCUUCAAGAAAAACCCAUAGAAAUUUUCAACGAAUACAUAUUUGCUCUUCAUAGCCACGUUUGUUAUUGGGAAUCAGAGGAUACUAUAUUAAUGAUACUCAACGAAUUAUAUUCCUUGAAAGGUGAUAUCCAUGGAUCUCUUCAAACCACGCUAUUCGAAGAAUUCAGAGAAGCUUUUAUCCCUUCACUUUUUGCCAAAAAAUAAUAAUUUUUAAUUGUACAUUUUUAUAAAUAUUUCUGAUAAAAGUUUGAAAAAGAUUCAAUCUAUUUUUAAAUACAUGAUAUGAAUGGCUAAAACCAAAAAAAAAUAAUUUAAAACAUCCUCUUCCCCCUCAAAUAUUUUUUUAAAUUAAUUUUCUUUUAAAAUUCUUCUUUUCAAAUAUAUUAAAAUAUUAUUACUAUCGAAAUAAUCGAGCAACUUCUCGUUAUACAAUAUAGAAAAAAACUAUUGUGCAGUUUAAAAAAAUAUUAAUUUAGUAUAUUGGAAUAUACUAUGGUAUUUUUAUAGAAUAGAUUACUUUGGAAAUUUUUUUCAUAUAUUUAUUUAUUUCCACAUAUUUCAUCGAUUGAUAUUUGAAUGACCAAACUGCCAUUUUUUCAUGUAUUUUAUUUUUUUUAAAGGAAACCAUGCACGCACCAAAAAAAUAUCAAAACUUUUGAUCGUUUAAAUUAUUAGUUUUUUUUAAAAAAACUUUACUUUAAACAUAUUAUCUUACAUAUUAAUACAAAAUAUAGAUAUCACAUUUUACCUUGUAAAAUAUGAUUGCAUAAAGCUUCAUUCUGUUGAAGUAUAUAUUUCAAAUCUGAAAAAUAUUUUUUUAAACUUAACUAUAUAAUUUUAAACUUGCAAAAUAUCAUUUUAAAAUUAUUUAGCAAAUUUUAAUAGAUAGAUACACUUAAAGUUUAAAUGACAUUACAAAUUUGGAAUUAUAUAGAAUUGAAAUUUAGAAUAAUUCUAAUAUUCACAUAUUAGGUUUUAUUAUUAUUUACAAUGAUUUAUAUCUACGCUUCCAUACAAAUAAACCUUAUUUUUUUUAUAAAUUCUCUACUUCCUUUAAAAAUAUAUAUCAAAAAAAAUUUGACCUUAUACAUAUUUAAAGAAUAUUUUUCAAUUUCAUUUAA